AUCUUGGAGCACAUGAAGACAAAUGAAAUAGCCAUCAAUGAGCAGGUUUUUAAUUUUCUAAUCACGGGGCACUUCAGAGCAAAUGACCUAGAAAGUGCCAAUGGGAUGCUGGAUAUAAUGCAACAAGCAGGAAUGGAGCCUAGUGUUGAGACAUACAGAGCAUUCCUCAAUGGGUAUGCAGAGAAAGGUGACAUGGAGGGGGUGAAGGAAACGAUGAAGAAAGUUGCAGAUAACGGACUCACCCUGACCCCCAACAUUCUAUUUGAUGUCCUCCUCACACUGGCUAAGGGCGGUUAUACGAAGGAAGCUUCAGAGAUCCUGCCGAGUAUCCAGAAGUUCCCCGGCUAUAGCACGGAGGCCAUGAGCUGUGCCAUACACCUGGCCACACUGGCACAAGAUGACCUGGCCUACCAGGUGUUUGAGGCCAUCGGCAAACCUGUCGUCUAUGACAAGGGGGAUGCAAAACUGGGGCGUUUCCUGAUCCGGGCCAUGGUUAGAGCCGAACGGCCUCCUGAGAAGUUGUCCACCAUGUUGCAGAAGAUGAAUGAGGCAGAGUUUAAUAGUGACACUAUUGCGAUAACAGCUCAGAUGGCUUACCUGAAUAAACAGACAGACUUUGCUUUGAAAAUACUAGACUACAUGAAGAAGGAGGGACAUACAAUUAGAACCCACUUUUUCUGGCCUGCUAUUUGUCAGUAUCGUGAUAAAGGGGAAAAAGACAAACUGAAGGCUGUGGUAAAGUAUAUGGGGGAUGCGUGUGAGGGGAAAGAGGACAAGUACCAGACCCUCGAGGAUUACAUCAUCCCUGCAUUUAUCCAGUUAGGAGUCCCAGAGAAUAAGCUUCUGGCAGAACUAAAGGACACUGGUUCUCUGACACAGAACUCUGAAAUGGUGAACUUUGGAUUAACAAUGAACUUAUUGAAAACAAAAGGAGUAGAUGAAGCUCUGAGCUUUGCUGAGAAGAACCCUUGUUAUAUAUUGUAUGGAGCUCUAAAGCCAGUCCUUGUGCCCUUGUACAAAAGAACUAGGGACUUAGAAGCUGUGUUUAAGGUUUUGAAGUUUGCGAACGAAGAGGGUGCCUCCCCUAAUCUGGCUCAGGAAACGAAUGGCUGGUUUGUCAUGGACUUUCUUCAGAACACUUCAGUAAAAGACGGAGGAGAGGCCUUGUUUCUAGGCAUGAAAAACAAGGGAUUGAAAAUUCCCAAGACUGAUGUUGAAGAAGUGAAAUCUCUGUGUAAGCGUCUGAACAUCGAGUUAUCACCAGAGGCCUCAGAGGCAUUGAACAGUCUUGGAAGUGACCUGGCUACCCAGUCAACCAGAACACGGCAACAAGGCAGUCUCAUGCAGCUGGGCGAUAAAUCGAAAAAACAUCUGGAGGACUUGUUGCAGAAGUACCCUGGUAACAAGGCUGUGCAAAAAUACCUGCUGGGAAAAUACUGUCAGGAUGGGGAUACAGAGAAGGCCGCAGAGCUGAAAGCGUCAUUAGAUGCCACAGGUUUUGUCUACUCUGACUAUCAGCUGAGACAGUUGUCAUUCAUGGAAUCUGUUCACAGUGAGAAUCUCCAGGCCGCAGAGUCAUACCUCACACAACUAAAAACCCAGUUUCCGGAGUACUCAAAUUACAUCCGGGCUCUAAUAAAUGUGUCUGCACUGAAGAUAAAGGAUCUAAGAGCAGAAGAAGCAUUGACUGAUUUACAAGAGUAUUGCGAAAAAAACACCAGCUCUAUUGCCGAGCAGAAGUUCAGUGAGAGCUAUAUGUUACAAGAUGACUGCAUUCGCAUCCUGAAUGCACUGAGCGAAUCAAAGCAAACAGACUUGGCCAGGUCGUUUCUCAAGCUGUUUUUCGAUGGUGGACUUGUCAGGAGUGGAACUGCCUCUAUAUUGAGGACGUACCUGGACAUUUUUAUUAAAAAUGAUGAUAUGGAUGGUGCUAUAGAAGCCCUUGACUUCAUCACCACCACGUACACCAAAACUGUGCCUUCAAAUGAACUCAUGAAGAUGCUGAUUCAGAAGGAAGACCCGGAGCGCCUUCAAAAAGUGGUUGACCUUUUGACCCCACUUAGAGGAGAGAUGAAUGUUUUACAUCAGCUGAUGAUUUCCUUUGUUGAAUGUGGCCAUAUCAAAAAGGCUCGAAAGAUUGUUGAAACACCUGGCCUGAGAGCUGUGAUGAACGUUUUGGUGUUAGCCUGCGGACAGUUUGUUCACGAAAGACGGCUGAAGGAAUUAGAAGAUUUGGUAUCGGUCACUAAGAAUCUGUUUGCUGUUGACAGAGAUGAGAUGCUGUUCCAAAAACUGCGUUACCAUGCCCUGGAGAAGGACUGGUCUAAAGCCCUGAAUGUUUUGAUAGACUAUGAAGAAGAGGGUAUACAGCCCAGGGCUCGUACUCUCCGCUACCUGGCUAAGGCACUUGAGGGGGAUGGACAGCCUGUGCCCUUUGACAUCCCCCAGCACAUGAGUGCAGAGAAAGCACAAGAGGUGACCACAGAGGAGUUUGAUGAGGCGGAAAGGUUUCCUUUUAGCACUGUGGAGCAGAAAGCCUUGGCUCUGAUAAAGAAUGGAGGAUGCACAGCAGUCAUUGACAUAAAAAAAGAUUUGGACCAAUCUGAUGAUAAGAAACAAGCAAAGAAAUUCAUACCCACCUUAAUUUCUGCUCUGGUGGAUAAAAAACAUUUCCGGGAUAUCGGAAAGCUUAUCCUGGAAUUGUCUAAAGCUGGUGAAAUAGAGACUUUGGAAGAACUGAAAACUCACAGUUACCCUGAAGAAGUGAUUCGAGGUAUACAAAGGAGACUACUCCAUACUUAUGUUGACAGUAACCGUGGGGAGGAGAUCUUGUCCUACUUAGAAUCUAAUCCGUCCGAGGUGGAUAUGUACUUCUCCUGGGUUGGCAUACAAAACCUGACUGAGAACUACCCACAACUGAUGGAAAGAGUUGAAAAGCUAGCUGAGCUAACAGCAGAGCAGAAGUCAUUCAAACUGACCAAUCUACUGUGGAGCCAAUACUUCUGUCAGGAUGAUACCAGUAAAGCUGAGGCCAUCUUAAAGAAACAUCCGGAGAUGUUGGAAACGUUACGGGUCGCUAAUGUGUGCAGCCAUGCCAUGAGAACCAAAGAUGAGGAGAAAUUGCUUCAGGUGGCAGAUAUUGUCAAAGGGAACGAGGGAGCCCUGAAAAUUGUAUAUAGGAAUCUGCUUAUGUUACACAGUUAUAAUGAUAAUGCUGAUGGUAUUCUGAAAGUGAUAGAGAAGCUAGCGGAAGAGAAACUCACAACCGACAUCCUAAAUGUGAAGAACCGGAACAAGUUGAUUGAAGUCUUCCAGUCUCAGAACAAACCAAUCCCAAGUCAGUUGGCAUUUGUCCAGCAGAAAGAUUCUUCACCCAAGAGUAGUGAAUCCAGUUCAUCCAGCUCUGAUGACGAGGCCAAAUCUGCAGGAAGAUGACCAGAUGUUGUCCGUAGCUAGACAUGGGGGAUAACCCUUCCUCUUGGGGUACACUAGGGUUUGUUUAAUAGCUAUAGCUGAGUGAUGUGUGAUAUGAUACAGAGCAGUUCUUCAAUAUGUGUUGUUGGUUAACCUUCCUGUCUGUACAGGGGCAUAAGUUACAUUUUGAUGGCGCCCAGCAUUCAUGGGAACAUUUAUUUUUGUUUGUUUUGGUUCUUUCUUGGUGGCCGUCUGGCUCUCUUACCCUCCA